GAGUUUACAACAAACGACAGUAUUGCUUAUAUUGCAAAAAAGCAAAUGCAAAAAUGGCCAGACAUCUAGAACGUGCACACCACGAUAAACUUGAUGUGGCUCAAGCUAUAAGUUUACCAAAGGGUUCCUUGGAGAGAAGAAAACUGCUUGACUAUAUUCGCAACAGAGGCAACUAUGCCCACAACGCUGCUGUGCUGGAGUCAGGGAGAGGAGAGUUGGUUCCAUUUAAACGCCCGAAUAAAGAUGCACAGGGGAAGGAUUUUAUGCAUUGUGCAUACUGCCAAGCUCUUUUCACACGAAAAGUCCUGUGGCGACAUAUGCGAAUUUGCAAACUUAAGCCUUCAUCGAUACCUGUCAAACCAGGAAAGAAUCGUGUUCAGUCUAUGUGUACAUUCAUGCAGCCUGUGCCAUCACACAUCGGGAAACAGAUGUGGGGAGUUAUCAGUGCCAUGGUUGCUGAUCCGAUCACUGAUGCUGUGAAAAAUGACAAUGUCAUCAUCCAUGUUGGGCAGCACCUGUUGAACAAGGGUGGGAUGUCAGCCAAGAAUCAACAGUGUGUGCGUGACAAAAUGCGAGAAAUGGGAAGACUGGUUCAUAAUGCCAGAAAAGUUACCCCCUUAAAAACAGUGGAGGAUUUCAUAAAUCCAAAGAAUUACUUGCAGGUGAUCAAAGCUGUCAAGGUAACUUGUGGCUAUGACAGUGAUUCUCACAAAUUCACAAUACCAUCACUUGCCAAGAAAAUUGGCCAUACAUUGGUCAAAGUCAGCAAACUCCUAAAAGCUCAGGGCUUGAUCAUGAACAACCAUGAACUUGUGAAAAAUGCCACUGAGUUUCAGGAAGUCCACAACGAAAGGUGGAAUGAAAUGAUUUCUGCGACAGCACUACGUAACCUCAAUGAAGCAAAGUGGAAUGUUCCCACUCUGAUGCCGUUCACAGAAGAUGUGCAGAGACUGCACCAGUUUCUCAGUCAAAAGCAAGAGGAGUACUGCAAAGAACUCUCUGAAAGUCCUUCCACAAAGACCUGGAUAGACUUGGCAAAGGUGUGCUUAGCACAGAUCAUCCUCUUUAACCGUCGCAGGGAAGGAGAAGUGGCAAGCAUGCCCUUGUCUGCAUUUUUGUCAAGAGACAAGUCUGAUCAUCACCAGGAUUUGGACUGGGCACUGUCAGAAGUAGAGAAAAGACUCUGCAAACGUUUCACAAGGAUUGUGAUCAGGGGAAAAAGAGGUAGACCGGUUCCUAUUCUUGUGACUCAGAAAAUGCUCAGUGCACUGGAACUCCUGGUUUCAGAGAGAGAGGCUUGUGAGGUACUCAAAGAGAAUUGCUACAUGUUUGCAAGACCAGCUGCUAAAACGCAUCUCCGUGGUUCGGACUGCCUCCGUGCUUUUGCAGUAGCAUGUGGUGCAAAGUGUCCCAAGGCACUGACCUCCACCAGGCUGCGGAAACAUGCUGCAACACUCUCAACGGUUCUCAACAUGACGGAUACAGAGAUGGACCAGUUGGCUAACUUUCUUGGGCAUGACAUUAGAGUCCAUCGUGAGUUUUAUCGACUACCUGAGAAAACACUGCAGCUUGCCAAGGUUAGCAAGCUUCUCAUGGCCCUUGAGCAAGGAAGAUUGGCUGAGUUCCAUGGCCAAAACCUGGAUGAAAUCACAAUAGGGCCAGAUGGUAUGUUGUUUUGUCAUUUUUCUUUUGUCCAUCAUGCUUUUGUUUAUAUUUGCUAAUCAAGUUUUUUAUAUCUCCUCUAGACAUAGUCAUUUGUCCUGUUGAGACUGAUGAGACAGCUAAAACCAGGGGACGACACUAUUCAUCUCAAGGUAUAUAUUCAUUUAUCUCAAAAGAAGUGUUUACUGUAUGUGUUUCUCAAUGUCCUGUAAUCUUUGUCUUUGGCAGAAGAGACUCUUCCACUGACAGAAGAAGAAGGCCCCCCACUGACAGAGGAAGAAGGCCCCCCACCAACACGCAAGAGAGAUACACCAUCAGCAGCAGAAGAUGACCGUGUCGGAGCCGCAACACCUGUUGAAGAAUCAUCAGCAGAGGUGAGGAAUGCAGUCCCAUCAGUGAGCAAGAGGAGCAAGCCACUUUCUGGAGAGGAUGACCGGCUCACAGCUGUGAUGUCUGUCAAAGGUAAAGCUCCCAGGAAAAGAAAACCAUGGCAGGACGAAGAGGUAAAAGCCGUUGAAAAGCAUAUGAAGCGGUUCAUCACUUCAUGCAUCGUCCCUUCAAAGAGAGACUGUGAAAAGUGUCUAAGAGCUGAGCCAGCAGCUCUCAAUAAUCGGGAUUGGCAAAUGUUAAAAUAUUAUGUAUACAACCGCAUCACAGCGUACAAAAAGAAAGUCCUGCAUUCCUAAUGUUUAAAAAAGGCUGAUUCUGCUAGUUUUGUGAGCAGUGCUUUGCUUAUGUCUUAUGUUAUGGUUAUUUUCACUGUUUUUCUUAGCUUGAUACUUGAAAGCUUAAAGUUGGGGCCAACGUGGCAGGCCAUCUGUUUAUUAAACAGUGACAAUUAUUUCAA